UAUGCAGCUGAAAGGAAGCGAGUUGCCUACUUGCUGAGCGAGCGCGGCGAGGCGGGGAAAGAGGAGCUACCGGUACCAGCACGCCGCGGCCCCGGGGACCCCACCGCCUCUCGUCUUGCACGCCUCUGGAGUGUAUCGAAAGGAGGCCGUCUCGGAUAAUCCCACCCCCCCACGGCUGGCUUCAAGAGCUGGAUUAUACCCGACUGCCCUCCUCUCCGAAGUUUGGGGCGUGUUCGGAAGGGAGAGCCGCUACUGCGCUGCACGGGGUGAACCUGCGGGCGACGACUUUGGAGCCGAGGCCGGAGGCGCAUCUCUGCAACCCCCGAGGAAUACAAGGCGAGGACGCCAAGUCCGGCCCAAACAGCGCAGCAGAAGAAGGUGGACGUCGUCGGCUCCCGCGAGCACCCGAGAAGGAUGGCCGCCUUGCGUCUCUUGGGCUUUGCGCUGGCUCUGGCGCUCCUGCUGCAGCGAGCCUGCGGCUCCGGCGUCUUCCAGCUGGAGCUGCGCGAGUUCGUCAACGGGCAGGGUUUCCUGGCCAGCGGAGAGCCGUGCGGGGUCGGCUGCAGGACCUUCUUUCGCGUUUGCUUGAAACACUUUCAGGCGGUUAUCUCCCCGGGCGCCUGUACCUUCGGAAGCCUCACCACCCCGGUGCUGGGAACCAACUCUUUCGCCAUCAAAGAGACGGAGGGCUUCGGCAGUCCCAUCAAGUUGCCAUUUAACUUCACCUGGCCGGGAACUUUCUCGCUGAUUAUUGAAGCCUGGCAUGCCCCUGAAGGUUAUUAUCCAACAGGCUCUGAGACCCCAGCUCGGAAAUGGCUCAUCAGCCAAAUGGCGAUCCAGCGCUCGCUGGCAGUGGGCGAGGACUGGUCCCAAGAUGAGCAGAGCAACCAGCGCGCCAGGCUCAGCUACUCCUACCGAGUGAUCUGCAACGAGCACUACUACGGCGAUAACUGCUCUCGUAUCUGCAGGAGUCGGGACGACCACUUCGGACACUACCUUUGCCAACCUGACGGCAGCUUCGUCUGCAAGGCGGGCUGGACUGGAAACUACUGUACGGAGGCCAUCUGUUUAGCUGGGUGUUCAGAAAAAAGUGGAUUUUGCAGAAAACCAGGAGACUGCAUUUGUCGUAGUGGUUGGCGGGGUCGCUAUUGUGAUGAAUGCAUUCCUCAUGUGGGAUGUCGUCAUGGUACAUGUACAAAACCAGGGAAAUGCUUAUGUGAUGAAGGCUGGGGUGGCCUCUUCUGUGAUCAAGAUCUGAAUUAUUGUACCCAUCAUAAACCUUGCCAAAAUGGAGCCACUUGCAUGAACACCGGUCAAGGAAGCUACACCUGCUCUUGCAAAGAGGGGUUCACUGGCAAGGACUGCGAAAGGAAUAUUAGUGAAUGUGAUAGCAGCCCCUGCAAAAAUGGUGGUAGUUGCACGGAUUUAGGAAAUGAAUACAAAUGUACAUGUCUCCCAGGAUAUGAUGGCAUUAACUGUGAGCAUACUACCUUGACUUGUCUUGAAUCUCCAUGUUUUAAUGGUGGAACGUGCCUGGAAAAAGAAAAAGGAACUAGCUAUGCAUGCCUUUGCCCCAUGGGAUUUACUGGAUCCAAUUGUGAGAAAAAAGUAGACAGGUGCACCAACAAUCCCUGUGCUAAUGGUGGGCAGUGUUUUGUAAUGGGCCAACAGCAUGUAUGUCGCUGCCGUCCAGGCUUCUCUGGUCAGACGUGUGAGAUAUACAUCAGCAGAUGUUCAAGAAAUCCCUGUUCCCAUGGAGGAUCAUGUCAAGACCUUGAUGCUACUUAUGAUUACAAAUGUACUUGCUUGCCAGGCUUCACUGGCAGAAAUUGUGAAAUUAGAACUAGAGAUGGUUGUUCUUCUGGACCAUGCCAAAAUGGGGGGACAUGCUACAUUGGGCUUUAUACUAAAAGCUUUGCUUGCCACUGUCCUUCUGGCUUCCUGGGCAUCCACUGUGAAUUUGCAGUGGCAAAUCCUGUGACGAGCAUCAUUCCACCACUUCCUAAGCCACUUCCCUGGGUGGCUAUAUCCAUGGGAGUUGGGUUAGUAGCUCUCCUCAUCCUGUGCUGCAUGAUAGCCAUAGUUAUCCGACAGAUGCAGAGACACCCGGAGCAAAAUUCAGAAACUAUGAACAACGUGUCUGACUUCCAGAAGGAAAAUCUCAUCCCAGCUUCUCAGCUUAAAAACACCAAUAAAGAUAAAGACCUUGAAAUCGAUUGUGUACUGGAGAAAUCAAACUACAAACUUAAAAACCAUACAUUGGAUUAUAACCUAGUGAAGGAACUGACAAAUAGAGGAACUCAGGAAGAUAAAUACCAUAAAAGUGAAAAGUGUAUAGGAGAGAAAUCACCCUUCUGGUUAUGCAGUGAAAAGCCAGAAUGUAGAAUAUCAGCAAUAUGCUCUCCAAGGGAUUCAAUGUACCAGUCUGUUUUUGUAAUAACAGAAGAGCGGAAUGAAUGUAUUAUAGCUACAGAGGUAUAAGAGUGAAAGCUGCUCUGUUUGCACCUCAGUUCUAGAGAUGCCACGAAGUGGACAUUCCUACUACAUUGUUUACAAUUCAAAAUUGGAUUGGACUUGGUUUUUUUUUUUUAAUUAUAUGCAAUUUGCUGCUCUCAGGAGGAGGAGUGGAUGAAAGUGGGUGAACUGGACAGACUGUGAAUUUAAAAGAUGCAAUAUACCUUUUUGCCCCCUGUUUCCUUAUUUUGAAGUUUAAUAGGAGGAAUGUAACUGACUAUUAGCAGGGGAGAGACGAAGAUGUCUCUUAGUAGCCUUUGAAAUGACAUGCCAGUUGCUCAUGGACAGUUGUAUGACUUUCCAGAACUUAAGUCUUGAAAGGUGCCUGUCACCAUAAAGGCCCUUGACUUUAUCACAGAGUUAAUCGUCACUGUGAGAAGAAUGAAGAAACAUAUUUUUCUAUGCAGAAAAAGGAUACAGAAUAAAUGUCACCGUGUUUUUUUCUUUUCUUUUCUGGAUUUGGAAGUGCCUAAAAGUGUGUCUGAGAAUCUAGAGAGCCCAAAUCAAGACCCAUCAGCCUUUCCCCCUCCAGCACCCAAGCAGUAUUGACCAGAAGUGGCUGUCGGCUGUCAGCCACUCCUGUUGCUCCUGUAUUUAAGGCCUCCUUUCCCUCUUUCCCAUUUAUUAUUCACAGACAACUUAAGGCUACUGAAUUGGCAUUUUGCCUCCUUGGAUACUGCUUUGGUGAAUUGAGCAGUAACUGGGUUUGUUCUUUUUGUGAAUCACAGCAACCUCCCCAGACAUAAUCUGACCCGAGAGAGACUGAUGACUUUUCUCUUUUAUAAGAGGAAACUCAAGCCCAGGGCUCCCUGAAAGCCUUACAAGUGCGUUUAAAAUCAAUCAGCUGUUUUCAUGACCUUUGCACUACUAGUCACUAUAAACAGAAGUGGUUUUUUUUUCUGUGUUACAUAUAUUUUUUUUGUCCUGGAGAUCUCAUCCUUUCCACUGCAGAUAAUCUGGAAGAUUGCACCAUUACUUUUUUUUACAGCCAGGCAAGUGUUUAUGAUCCUGCCUUUCCAUUACUUUCUGCAGAAACUCCCAUGCUGAUUUAAGCUGAUUUUUUUUUUCUAAACACCUGACAAAGACUAAGCUACAAAGGGGACUUAGGUGGUGGUAGUGGUGGUGGUGAAAUCCAUUAUGUGGCAAGAGGGAACUAUAAAGCCCUUAGUUUGCUCUGUUUCUUUCUUUCUUCACUUUGCUACAAAGAAAAGAAUAUCCUUAAAUUUUUGAAUCCAAAGGAGCAGUUCUGAACUGGAAAUUCAGAAUUGACAUAGACUCUCUUGUACAUUUACAGCAAUAAUAAUAGACAUCUCAGAUAGGAAGUGCUGUUCAUAGCGAUAAACAAGUACUGUGGGAAAGAGAAUAUGGCGGAAGCAGAGAGAGGAAGCAAAUUUUCAUUCAAGGAAGUUGGGAUCGUGUUUUCUGUGAUGGAAGAGCAAUGUUCCUGACCUUGAAAAUCCCAGGCUGGAUUAAACCAUCUCCAGCCUUGAACUGUGCAAUCAAAUUGUUGCUUGGCAUGUUCACUACUGACACUUUGGUCUGACCACACAAGGCCAUUGUGAAGAGGAGCUUCAGAAAUCAAUAAUAUGGUUUAUAUUAGUGUCCGUCUAGUUUAUUUUGAAGCCUAGCAUUUCAAUAAUUUAAAGUAAAAAUCAGAAGCACUGAACUUUCUACAUUUUGUAACAUUAUUUUGUAUAUAAUGUAUAUUUAUAAUCAGAAACAGAAGUGUAAAUAUGUUUAUUACAUAUGUCAUGUUUUUAUGUGAUGACAAAGUUUGAAUUUUAUUUUUUUUUCAAAUAAUGAAGAUACCUUCUUGCUACUGCAAACUUUUAGUGUGGUUUCUUGUGUUAUAAUUUGGAUUCAUGACCGUGCAGUGUUUACAGGAUCACUCAUAGCAAAGCUUGUAAGAUAACAGAAAUUUAUUAUUGCUAAUAUUAGUAUCUCAGUAAAUGAACUCAAUAUGUGAUUU